ACAUCCACACUAUUGCAAGAGUUAUUACUUACUUUAAACUACAAAUGCAAUUUAAAGUUUCAAUUAAACAAAUCCGUAUAGAUUACAACCAAUUCUACUAUCCAGAAGCUGAAAACUUUCUAAUCAAACACCUUAAUAUUUCAAUUCCAACUCAAUAUGACGAUUCACUUUUUUUACAAAACACAACCACCCCUAACUCUCAAGAAGAAGGCAAAGAAACACAAAACAAUACUACUCUUACCUCCUCUAAGGAAUCUGAAAAAAUUUCAAAUACUACCUCUUCUACUUCUCAAGAUGAAACCAAAGAGCAUCCUUUUUAA